GGAUGUAAAAUGAUACGGCACAUCUGAGGAUGAACAAUUUCCUAAAGGGAAAUGAAUGACAGUAUGGUAAAAGGUAAACAAUAUUAAGAGUGACAUUCACUUGAAAUGAUUAUGAAUAAUCCAGGCCCCACCCAUCUCCUAAGUCCCCCAGAUGCAAGCCCUGCCCUGAAUAAAAUGCAGGAAAGAACUGAGCCACCCCACCAAAGAGCAGGCAGACAGCAAGGCACAGAGAGUGAGAGAGAGAAAGACACCCAUUUACAGCUUUACUGCCUUGUUCAGUCCGUCAGACUUGCUCUCACUACCACCUCUAUCUUAUCCUCUCUUUCUCCUGGUAGUCUCUUUGAAUUUUUCUUUCUCUCACUCAUUCAAAUACACUCAUUCAACUCAGCUCAUUCUGAGGCACAGCCUCACGUUUCACCUUGCUCUGCCUCUGGCUGAGAGGAGAGAGCCCUGCAAGGUGCAGCCAUCACACAGGACACAGGCUCUCAGGACCUGGAUGCUCUAGGACAAUCUAACAAGAUCAAGACGUUUCUUCAGGAUGGAAUUGCAGAGCUUUCAUUCAUCAUUCUGAAGAGCAAACCAGCAGAGCGCUAGUUACAAGACCAAAGAGAAACAUUCAAAUUUGAAGUUGGUCACUUUUUUUUUUUUUCAAAGAUAUUUUACCUUCUCUUCCCAUGUUCCUGCUAACGGGGUCUGUGUGAGGCAGAGCGCCCAGCGAAGACCAGCAUCAUGCCGACUACUUGUGCAAGGUGCACCUUGGGAGUCUGACCCAUCAUGUGCAAAUGGACACCUACUACCGCUGGUCUCCACUUCGACCUCAGCUUCUCUGGCUCAGCCCUCCCUUCUUAUCCUUAUUCCCUGGUAUGCCUGUCCUUACUCUUUCUGGUUUGCUCUGCUCUUGGAGGUUGCCCACCUGCACUGGGGCAUGACCCCCUUCAUGUGCUGGCACAGGGCACAAACUGCUCUUGGACUCUGGAGCGGCACACGCGCAGCUACAACCACCUAGAGGGUGACGUUCGCCUGCGACGCCUCUAUUCCGCCAACAAGUUCUUUCUCUGCAUAGACAAGACGGGCAAGGUGGAUGGCACCCGUCGGAAGAAUUACGCUGACAGUCUGAUGGAAAUCCGAUCUGUCAGUGUGGGAGUUGUCGCCAUCAAAUCUGUCAGCACCGGCCUGUACUUAGCUAUGUCCAAAAAGGGAACACUCUUCGGAUCGGUCAGAUACAACCCCAGCUGCAAGUUCAAAGAGCGCAUCGAAGAGAACGGCUAUAACACCUACGCCUCCCUGCGCUGGAAGCACAAGGGGAGGCAGAUGUUCGUGUCGCUGAAUGGCCGAGGGAAACCCCGCAGAGGCCACAAAGCUAGACGGAGACACCCAUCUACUCAUUUCCUCCCUAUGCUGCCCACAUAGCUGGACUUUUCCUCAUGAGCAAUGCUAUGCCAUCUGCAUUUGAUGGGGACUUAUUACAUGUUAUUAAGUUCUUAUUUGUCCGUUUUUGUUUUGUUUUUUUCUGAGUACUGUCGCACAGUACAUUAACUUAUUACUCUGUCUUCUGGCUCAACUUAAGACCCAGUAAAGUUUAAAACAAGGCUGUUAAUAUGAUGUACAGGUUAUGUAUUAAUGUUAUUGUUGAGUUAACUAGGCAUUUACUGCAUCUAUUUGUACUCCUAUUAUGGUAGAUUUCUGAGAGACAUCACCAACCCAGUCUCACUGGAAAUACAUGCCUCUACCUACAUUUUUGCAAAACUCCAAAAACAUACAUAUACAUACAAUUCAUCACAGUUUCCAGCUGGAAUGAACACUAGUGACAGCUUUUAUUCCUUUUCAUAGAAUUUUUUUUAUCUAUAAUAAAUUGUCUUUUUCUUAAGACAAAGAAACAAAACAAACAAACAAAAAAACCUUUUACCAUAUUGCAUGAUUUGUAGGCUAAUUCAUUUUAAUGUUUACAUCACAUAACCAGCUUCAUACCUUAUGGGGUCAGUCAAUUAUUAUUAUUAUUAUUAUUUUUUUUUUUUUUUAAGAUAUUAAUAAUUUUACUCAACAAGGACACAUUAAAUUGAUCAAAAGUGACAGUAAAGGCAUAAUGUAAGAAAAGAUUUCUGUUUGAAACUUUUCAUUCAUUAAAAAUCCUGAAAAAAAGUAUCACUUUUUUCACAAAAUAUUAAGCAACACAAUGGUGUUCAACAUUGAUAUUAAUAAGAAGAAAUAUUUCUCGAGCACCAAAUCAGCAUAUUAGAAUGAUUUCUGAAGAAUUAUGUGACACUGAAGACUGCAAUGAUGCUGAAAAUUCAGCUUUUCCAUUACAGGAAUAAAUGACAUUUUAAAAUAUAUUACAAUAGAAAACUUGCUUUUGCUUUGUCGGUAGGAUUUAGUGUACGUUGUAUUCGUUUCAAAAUCGACAGAGAAUUAACCUUCUAGUCACUCACCUGACCAUUCAUUUCCGAACUGCCGUGAUACGCGCAAGCAGCAAAAAGUGUCACGUUCGUUUGUUCCGGCUGAAUGCGCUUUUAGUGCUAUUUCACUUGGGAAAUGCCGCGAUAGGUGCAAAAAGCAACGCAAUAUCAUUUUGCAAAAAUACCACCACAGGCAAAUUUCUUUCAUGAGACUGGGUUGGACAUGGUGACUGCAUUUUUGAAAAGCAACUGCAGGAAGCAGUUGUUUGAAAGUUAAAAAAAAAAAAGGUCCACAACACACUGUUGCAUCUUAAAACAUGAAUUUGGAAACUACAGUAUCAGGAUGAAAGCCCUUUUCAGUAUUUAAAAAAACUUAAAUGCAAUGUUAAAUCUCAAAUUUAUUUCCUGUGAUUGGAAUGAUUUAACAAAAAGAAACACGAAGGGAACAUACAACUAAUUGGCUGCACCACAAAAAGUCAGGUAAAUGCAAACAGAUUCAGUACUCAGAUCAACUUUUAGCAUAACAGACUUCCUGUAACACUCUGAAAAGAUGUUUUUAUAUCCAUGUGUUCUUCUGUCACAUUAACAUUUUUUCACAACUUGUCGCAAAAUAGAACAUUUAAUAUAUUUCGACCUUUUGAACUCCA